AUGAGGACACACGAUAGUGUACAACUACAACUACAGUUGUCAAUCUCUCAGAUUGCCUCUUCCGAGUUGACCGUGGUCUCGAUCCGAAUCGGGCCACGGCACACGGAAUUCGAGGCCAAGAACAAGAAUGACAUGGUCCGCACUGACACCCUCUCCAUCUCUCUCUCUAUCUCUCUGGCUCUCGACCAAAAAGCCCAGGGUCUGUCUACCUUGUCAGUCGGAGUGGAGCAUGUUGUGUCUGGUUUAGGUAACGCGCACGCACCCGAUGCUCAUAUGAUUUACGUUCCCAUAUUAAGGGCGACAGGAGGGUCUGUUUCACAGCCCGGCGCUACGUCUGAGAUUCCGCGAUACGCGCCUCCUCUCUCUCAACAUGGAAUCUUUCGCCUGGCCCGAGGCAGCAUGCAUGAGCUGGCAAUUUUUCACUCUAGCAGCUUGUCUUUGUUGUUUCAGGCCUUCAUGGCUGAGAUUGCCGACUUGCCCUGGAUCACCGCCGCGCGCAACAAACUGAGCAUGACAGAGCCGAGCCUCCACGCCGCCCAGUGGGGCAAUCCAUCUCAUCUUUCCAAGACCGGCCGCCCUUCCAAUUCGGAGCACAUCCGACUGCUGCGAUGGGCCCCCCCGGCCUCGACCGGUGCCCACCCCCCAGAAUUCCACCACUCCGGUCUGCAUAUUGGUGUUUCGGGCUGA